GUUGAGGUGGGUGUUACUGUAAGAUAGGUGUUGUUCUUGCGGUUGUUGUUCUGUUUAAGUGAGUUAGUAGUGAUGUUGUGUUUUGUUCUGACUCUCCUCUUUUUGACCUUUCGAGGUAUCCUUGCUCGGACGAAUAUUCCUCAACGAUCUGACCCUCAACUUAUUCGCCUUACCUUCCAUGGCGGUCUGGCUUCUUACUCUAUGGCUUUCCCUGCUGAUGGCAAUACUCGCAAGACUGGUCACGAUCUCAGCGUCGAUGUCAUCGAUAACUCAGACUACAAUGCUCCCGAACAAUGUUUCUUUGCCAUUGAGGGCCAAGCGAAGUUGACUCCCAAAGUCAGCACUAAAGAUGGCUCCCAGCAUAUCCUCGUCAACCCUCCUCGAGUGAUUUCCGCUGUCAACUGCACCGGCAGUUGUGUUCCUACGUACGUUCUUUGGAGAAGACGGUUAUCAUCCGAUGAGUAAACGAGUAUCUUUUUGGUCAUUCUUCUGUGAAGGCUGUUGUUGAGUGGAUGUUUCGGUUAUGGACUGUCCUUAAGGUAUGUUAAGUUUAAAUUGACCAGAUUGAGAAUGCUUGUAUAACAUAGCUGUGUUGUCA